AUGAACGGUGCUAACGGCAACGCCGUCCAACACUACAAACCCACGCCAGCCGAUAUUGAGAUAAGCAACCACAAGCCCGAUGAUCCCGCCAAAAUACUGUUCAAGAAUGUGAAUAUCUUGGAUUCAACGGGAAAGGAACCAUAUCUCGGCGAUGUUCUAAUCGAGGGUGAACGCAUUGUGCAGGUUGGAAAAGUGUCGGAAGAUGUCCUCUCAUCACCAGACACUUUCAUCAUCGACGGACAGGGCAAGAAAACACUCAUGUCCGGACUAUGUGAUGCGCACACACAUCUCAGCUGGAAUAACUCCCCGACUCUUGAUGGGCUUGUCAGUCUACCUCUCGAGGAGCAUGUCUUGCACACAGCGCUUUCCGCCAAAACGUAUCUGGAUUGCGGUUAUACCAUGUGUUUUGGAGCUGCUUCAGCGCAGCCUAGACUGGAUGUAUGUAUCAAAGGCGCAAUAAAGAAGGACAUGAUUCCUGGACCUCGCACCCUGUCUAACUCCCAAGAAAUCUCAACCACCGGUGGUGCCAUUGUCCCCAGUAUCACCAAGUUCGCCGAUGGGGUGGAUGAGAUGCGACGAGUAGUUCGGGAAUUCCUAGCCCUCGGCAUUGACAACAUCAAGCUCAGCAUGACGGGCGACUACAUCCACGAAUUUAUGGGAUCUGAGGAGACAUACUUUACGAUGGAAGAGACCAAGGCGGCCGUCGAAGAAGCCCACAACCGUGGUAAGCGUGUCUGUGCACAUGCCAGAAGCAGCGAAUCAAUCAAGCUUUGUGCCAAGACUGGAGUGGACGUCAUAUAUCAUGCUUCUUUCGUCGACCAGGCAGGUCUAGAUCUCUUGGAGCAAAUCAAGGAUCGUGUGUUUGUCGCUCCUGCGAUCAACUUUCCUCUGACUUCGUGCACCGGCGAGGCAACACCAUACGGAUUGACCCCUGAGAUGGCGGCUAAGAAGGGACUCAAGCGCGAAGUUGAGAUCGCCUCUCGAGCUAUGAGUGAGAUGCGCAAGAGGGGCAUCAAGGUCCUUCCUGGUGGAGACUUUGGUUUUGCAUGGUCCCCACACGGAACCUAUGCUAGAGACCUAGCGCACUUUGUGAAUCUAUUUGGGUUUUCCUCUAUGGAGUCAAUCAUUGCGGCCACAGCCUGGGGUGGUGAGAUAAUGGGCCAUCCUGAAGAGCUCGGAAAAGUUCUUCCGGGAUACUACGCGGAUGUGAUUUUGAUCGACGGUAAUCCGCUCGAGGACAUUGAAAUCUUCCAGGACACGAAGCGAAUACACACCAUUGUCAUCAAUGGCCAUAUCCACAAGAAUAUUUCCGGGAACGAUCAACUACCAAGAGUGAUCAAACCCACAAUGUUGCCGGUGAUGAGGGAUGAUGGAACGGUCGACUGGAAGUUGGAAGAGCGACUUGCAAAUGCAGCCUUGACAUCGCAUGCCUAA